AUGAGGUUGCUAACCGUUUGUGUAUGGUGGAUACUUUCUCUGGUAAACAACUGCAUCAAUGAACAACUAAUAAUACAGUUGCCUGAAACGUUCGCUAACCAGUCGUACGCACAGUUUCAACGUUCCUGCAGAGAGGUGUUUAACUUCACCGAUCCACGCAACUGCUGCAGCAUACCGUACCUUCUGCCAUUGGACGUUUUGGAGCCUUGUAUACAACGAAUUCCACUCACGUCCAAUGCCUGGGAAGGUGAAAAUAAAUGCUCAGCGCAAUAUUGGACCGAAACGAAUGAGUGUAAUAUGUUGGUGCGUAAGCUGAACGAAUGCCCAUACUUUCUGGUACAUUCAGACAGUUUUUAA